GUAAGCAAAACCAAACCACACAAACAUAAGCAGCCAAAAUCCAAGAAGAAAAGGCAGACCAUAGAAGACAACCAAACAUAGAAGAACAAUUAAGGACAUCACAGAGAGAGAGAGAGAGAGAGAGAGAGAGAGAGAGUAGAGAGUUAUUUGAUAUAGAAACAAGUUCAGCUAUGGCUGAAGAUUUCCAAGCCAACAAUUGGUGGAAGACUUCAAGGGGAAGUGGCGGCGGUGGCGGUGGUGCUGGUGGUGGCUUUGAUGGUGGUUCACCAGCGACAUCGUCGAACGUUUCUUGCUCAACUACAAUAACUGAUGUUACCGGAGCCCCGUUUGCUUGGGUCGGUGGUGGUGCUGCCCGCCCAAUCAUGGACUCCACCUUACAACUAUCAGGGUUUGGCCUCUCCUCUCCCUCCAUGGAUUGGAAUCAAACUCUACUUAGCAGUGGCGGAAGAGCGGAAAGUAGCUUUCAAGCCAUGCUUCAAGAGGAUCUCAAUUCAAGAUCGAAUUUUUCUGCGGCCAUGGAUGCAGGUGAAUCAUCUUCGAGUGUCCAACUCAGAGAUAUGAACCACCCUUUCUUCUUCGAGAAUUCUAUUAUUUCUAGCGGCACUUUCCCUCUUGUUUCCUCUUCUUCUUCUUCUUCAAUCAUGCAAGGGCUACUCGAGACUGAUUCGAGACCCGAGCUAUCCAUAUUCGAUAGCCAACACAUGCUUCAAUACCAGCACUCUCAGUUUCUGCAACAAAAGCAACAAUCUGCCAUAAUCAAUCACUUACAGUUCGCAAAUAACACCCCCUUUUGGAAUGCUUCUGCUUCUGCUUCUGCACAGCCUUUUGAGUUGCCAAUGAAGAGCUUUGAUGGAGGUAGAGAGAAGAAGAACAGUAGUGAACCUGCAAUGAAAAAGAUUCGAGCUGAGACACCUUCGACAUUGCCAACCUUCAAAGUGAGGAAGGAGAAAUUAGGGGACAGAAUCACUGCUCUACAGCAGCUGGUUUCUCCUUUUGGAAAGACUGAUACAGCAUCAGUGCUCCAUGAGGCCAUUGAGUACAUCAAAUUCCUUCAUGAUCAAAUCAGUGUGUUGAGCACUCCAUAUUUGAAGAAUGGUCAUCCCAUUCAACAACAACAACAGCAGAGCUUAGAGAAGCUCAAGGAGGGUGAAUGGCAAAAGCAAGAUCUAAGAAGCCGAGGUCUAUGUUUGGUUCCCAUUUCAAGCACUUGCCUUAUGGCCACUGAACCUACUGCUGAUUUUUGGACUCCAACUUUUGGAGGAACCUAUAGAUAAUGAAGAAGUUGGAUAGACACUUAGGGUUUCAGGAAGAUCUUUAGAAAGAGAAGGCAAAAGCUUCAUAUUAUAAACUUAGCCGUUAGGGAAUUUAUGAUGAAACUUUAAUAUAAUAAAAAGUUCUUUUUUUUU